AUGCGCACUGCUAGUUUCUUACCAAUCACACGCUCCCAGGAGAAGAAAUCUCUAGCUUCUGGUCCUGAUCGUCGUGAAGUGCGGAGAUCUGGAGAGUUAGCUCGUUCCUUGGAUAAGCGACUUACUUCGCAGCAUCCGAAAACCUGUGCUAUCUUGUCUGAUAGGGCUCAACUACCCGUAUCUCGAAAGCGAGAAGAAAUCUUAAGGAUGAUCGAACAACAUCCAUACAGUAUUCUUUCUGCUGAGACUGGAUCAGGAAAGUCUACCCAGAUUCCUCAAAUGAUCUUAGAAGAAGCAAUUCGCGGCGGGAGUGGAGGAGAAUGCAACGUUCUUUGUAUUCAGCCCCGACGAAUUGCUGCGCAAAUGCUAGGAAAGCGAGUGGCUGAUGAAAGAGAGGAGCCUAUUGGGGAGACUGUCGGAUACGCGACCCGAUUUGACAAGAUAUGGCCUGAUAGGAAUGGCAGUAUCACAUAUUGUACUACUGGUCUCGCGUUGAAGAUGUUCCAAAAUGAUGGCGAUUCGCUUAGAAGGUAUACUCAUAUUAUUCUUGACGAAGUUCAUGUACGAGAUGUCAACAUUGAUUUCAUGAUGUUGCUUUUAAAGCGCCAUGUUGAUCAAUGUCAGUCACUCUCUACUCCCGCGCCGCGAGUUGUAAUAAUGAGUGCAACCUUGGAUCUGGAUCUUUUUACAUCCUACUUUCACAGUGUUGGUCCAGAUGGGACUUCCAUUCCUGCACCGUCCAUAACUAUCCCUGGUCGUCAGCAUCAGGUAAAUGAACACUUCCUCGACGACAUCCUCGAUGACCUGGCGACUACGCUUGAGCCCAAAUUUCUGACCACGCUUCUGGGGGCAAAGGACACAUUGCCUUUCUUGGAGAGACAUUAUGCCAAAUUUGGUGAGCACGACACGUCUAAGGAACUUGAAUUAACGAAGGAUCCUGCCACACCAGCUUCAGCUGCCUUGGAAGAGGAUCCAUUUAUGCCCUAUGGCAUUAUUUCUGCGCUGAUAGUCCAUAUUCUGAGCACUACUGAGUCGGGCUCUAUAUUGAUCUUCCUUCCUGGUCUUCAGGCCAUCGACAAGUUGCACGAUGAAAUUCCUUGCCUCGCAAGCAGACCCGAGUGUGGGAUUGAUUUUUCAAAUGCAAGCAAGCUUCGAGUCUUGAAGUUGCAUGCUGGCCUCCCUAAAGAAAUGGCUAAGCUCUCGGAAUCUUUCCCGGGAGGUUGUCGACGGAUUCUCCUCUCCACGGAUGUGGCCGAGGCUUCGGUCACUCUCCCAGAUGUGAAAUUUGUGAUUGAUACUGGCAGGGUGAAGCAGAUUUUCCAUAACUCUGCAACGCAUUCUCGUCAAUUGGUCACGUCUUGGAUCAGCCGUUCCAACGCAACCCAGCGGGCCGGCCGAGCUGGUAGAGUCCAGAACGGAGAAUACUACUUUCUGGGAACAAAGAAGUGCUACGAUAGUCUUCGAAUUUCGAGAUCUCCUGCGAUCCAGCGAGAGGACCUGCAUAGCAUCUGUCUCCAGGCAAAGGAUAUCGCGCCUGAUGUUCCCGUUCUUGAGAUGCUCCAGCAGGCCAUUGAGCCUCCUGAUACUGUCAAGGUUCUUGGUACCCUCGAGUCUUUGAAAGUUUUGAAGGCAUUGGAUGAAGAUGAACGCAUUACUGACCUUGGUGUGAUUCUCGGCGGCCUCGGGCUAACCCCGCACGCUGCAAAGUUGGUCAUUCUGGGUGUGCUGUUUCGAUGCUUGAACCCGAUGAUUAUUCUAGCAGUAAGAAUGGAUGGUGAGAGUCUGUUCCGAUGGCCCAAGGAGUCGCAGGAUGUCGCAGAAAUUCGCAAGCGCCGCGAACGCUUUGCCCAAGGAUCCCACAGUGACCAUAUCGCCGAGGUCAAUGCCUUCAAUGCUCUUCGGCAGAAGGUCGAAGAAGGUUUAGCUGAGGAGUUUGCCCUCUCCAACCAUCUCGAGCUGCCAGUCUUUUUUCAGAACAUGCAAAAUAGUCGUCUGAUUAUGCGAUGGCUUUCGAACGCACGCUAUAUUGCAGGAACUUCAAGAUUUGAAAAUAAGCAAUUUGGUCACGACGUGCUCAACACGCAUUCGCACGAUGUCUCACUUAUCAAAGCUUUGGUCACCCACACCCUAUCGUCGAGAUUUGCAAUUCGAACCAGAAAAGCGACAUGCUCUACCAAGACCGAAAAACUCGCCAUUAUAGAAAGUACCAGCGCUGCCGCCAGACUUCGUAGCGGUUUAAUACAGGAGUCGCUUACAUACACUGGAAAGGUUCAAAUCGGGGAUCUAAUCAACAUAUUAAACGUCUCUCCAACCAGCCCUAUAGUCCCAUGUUUAUUGGGAGACAAGCUGAUCCAGAAUGGAGAGGUCCUUCGAUUCGGCUCUUGGUUACCUGUGCUAGUCAAACCCGAAAGUGCCUUCACCGAAGACGAGACCGCGCAGACACUGAUCGACUAUCAUCAAAGCAUUGCCCUGGUGAGCAAUACCUGCCCUGUCAAUUCCAUAUCCGUUCAAUACUAA